UGCUCUAUCACCGAAGGCUUGCGGCAUGUGGAUGCGCGACAUUGUUGUCAUUAGGGAUGACAGAAACUGCGCACUAAGACCUUCACGACUUUCUUAGUUACCCAUAACCACGGGUGUAUUGCUCUGCCCAUAACCAACAUCUUAUUUUAAUACAUUCAUGCCCAUAACAACCUGCGGACUGAUGGAAUUGGGACCAUAGAUAUGGAACAUUUAUAUCUAUGAUUGGGAAGGUCUGCCGGGAGCAUAGGCCGGGAGUAACGUCACAUCCGGAUGUGACGUUUAUGCGAGCUCCCGAGUGCGUGCUUUGCUUCUCUUCUUCAGCGCAGACAGUGUGCAAAACAAGUAAUGUUAGCUUAGAAAUGGAGUCAACUAACAUCAACGACCGGCACCCAUCACAACACAAAUUAGGUCAACACUUAAGAAAAAGAGUUCUUUCUAACGAAGCCCUUUUGUCCAAACGUGAAAAUGACCGACGUCGGUCGAAAACUAGGGUCAAUCUCGGCAGAGCAUUCCGUUCAUGGAGGGAGCUUGGUUUGUGCUUGAGGAUCAAAUCCGACUCAGCGCUGGCUUUCUUCCUAUUGAACAGUUAUCUUCGGAAGUCAGAGAAUCGUCCCGAACAACCAACCAUUGAAGAGGGUUCUUCAACUGAAUCCAGUUAUCUUCGGGAGUCAGAGAAUCAUCCCGAGCAACCAACCAUUGAAGAGAGUUCGUCAACUGAAUCCAGUGAAAGUGUGCAUGAAGAAUACCCGCUUAUGAUGUGUUCACAAAAUGAAGUAGAGCAAGAAACUUGCACUGCUCCUUCUGUCCAGUCAUCUGAAAAUGGAAAGGAGUCAGGAAAAAAAGAUGCUGCUUGUCAAAGUCCGAAAAGUCAAGAAGAGCGGACAACAACCAGCCAGUCCGAAAAUAAAGCAAAUAGAGAUAUUCGAGAAGACGAGAAUGAAGAAUUCAGCACCUCAUUAAGUGUUGGCGAUGGACGCUACCUGGUGGAUUUGGGGAGCUCGUCCGAGUUCGUCGUUGAUGAAGAGUGCAUCCUUCAGCUGUUGAAGUCAUGCCGGGAAUGCAACAGACAAUGCACAGUUAGAAAACGUGUCACCGGUCUAAAGCUUGUGGUCAACCAGGCGUGCUGUUUCUGUCAAAGCCACUCUAAAUGGACUAACCUGCCAGAUGACGACGACGGCUGCGAUCUCCAGAUAAAUGGAAAACAAACGGCACAUGAACAGACCAACUCAGCCAAGCAGUAAUGCUAGUUGUGUCAUGUCUAAAGUGACGCUCCAAGCAGACAGUGGUUCUACGGAGUUUAUGUUGAAGCAGGAAUAUGUUCGUUUUGUUUUUCGACCUGUGACCCAGUGGACUAAGCAGCUGGACUUCUGUUUAUUAUGCUGCCUCUAUGGAGUUUGGCUGUUUUCCUGUAUGUUUUUACACUUUAUUUCCUGAUGCCAUCCCACACCUCAGAGAAGCAUCUGGUGCGAGCGAGAGGGUGGUUGCCUCAGCUUGCAAUAUCUGUCUGUUGACAUCCUGCAUAGCACAGCAAGUAAGUGAUUGUAAAGGCAAAGAUGGUUCCCUGAGGAAAGGUGGACCGUUCUUUUCUUUCCAGGGAAAACCUUUUUUCAAAUUUUUUUACUUCAAGACGUCAAUCUUUUGAUCUGUGUUCAUCCUCGUGCCAAUAUGUAGUUUCACAGCACGCAGAUGCCCAAACAAGGAUUGUUGUCAAAUAAUCAAGCAAUAUUGAACCGUGUUUUAAUGACUCAUCCUAUUCAUUACUACAAACUACAAAAAAAACUACAAAUAUAUUAGCAGAAUGUCCUCCCUUUCAAAAAGUGAAUUUCAACUGUCCAUCAGUGGCGUAUCUUUCCUUGACCUGGGACAAGUCAGCCGUGCCCAACUAAUUUGAAUAUUGAGAUUGGAUCAUGCUUAAUAAUACUAGAUGCAAAUAGGGCCCAAAGUUCAAGCUUAAAUACUCAUGUGAGUCAGGAUAAUUAGAAAAUGCAUUAUCGUUUAGGAUUUUCUGUCCAUAACAUCCAUAAUCAAAUUGAAACGCCUCGUUUCAUCAUUUGAGGCUCAGCUGCAGCUAAUCUGAAACUAGCAUUCAGUUAGGACAGGUAAACUACAGCUCAUUUUUCUCUUCAGUUUAAGACUUGAUUUGAUCUUUAUGCCUUUUUAAUUCUAAAUUUCAGCCUUCACGUUAUCUUAUUGACUUUAUAUGCUUUUCAUACUUUGGUCAAGUGUAUCAGCCUAAACCUUAAUAAAAUACUAAAACAGUAA